GCCCACUCGGACGACCGCUCUCGAAGGCUCCGCGGCCGCUACACCCUUCGAAUAGCUCUCGUUUUCCCCACCCUCCCCACCCUCUUCACGCAGCACACGCCGCCAAAAACCCAAUGUGUGCUUUUUCUUUAUAUCUUUGUUUUGUUUUUGUCUUUGUUUUGUUUGUUUUUGGCUCGACGUGUCUACCCUGCGGCCCAGCAGUGGCAAUGGGAGCGCAGGGCUGCGGUAUCAACCCGCCCGCCCUCGCGGCUCACCCGUUGCCCCUCAGGUCCAGGCACACUCUUCGAGUCGGGCAGCCCUGCGGGCUGCGCCCCACACCGCCAAUCAUUCCCCUCUCGCUCUCUUGCAACUGACCAUCCAAGCUCACUCAGUAAUAAUGAGGCGGGCUGCUGGUACGCCUCGCUUCACACGUGACCUUCAUAUCCGCCACGCCGGUC